GCGGAGUUAAGCAACUUUCACACUGAGUGGAGUGGACGACGGACAGAUAUGCGCUCAGCCGCACCAGUUGACCCGCUGUAAGGGUUAAAAGUGUCAUAUUUUUUAAUCGUUUGAUGUGUUUAUAUCUUUUGGCGCAGGUUCAAAAUGAUGCGCUUCCUGCUGCUCUUCAGUCGCCAGGGGAAGCUGCGUCUUCAGAAGUGGUUCACGCCCAUAUCAGAACGUGAGAAGAAAAAGAUCAUCAGGGACAUGACCACCAUGGUGUUGGCACGCCAACCCCGCUCCUGUAACUUUCUGCACUGGAAAGAUCUGAAAAUUAUUUACAAGAGGUAUGCAAGCUUAUUUUUCUGCUUGGCCAUAGAGAAUCAGGAGAAUGAGCUGUUAGCUCUGGAGGUUAUUCAUCGCUACGUGGAGCUGCUGGACAAAUACUUUGGCAAUGUGUGUGAGCUGGACAUAAUCUUUAACUUUGAGAAGGCCUAUUUCAUCCUGGAUGAGUUUCUUAUUGGAGGCGAAAUACAAGAAACCUCCAAACAGAUGGUGAAUCGCUCCAUUGAAGCUUCAGACAUGUUACAGGAGGAUGACAACAGUGAUUGGUAUGAGGUGGAGCUGUUUGGAUGACCUUGAAUAUGGACAGAAAGACCAUGGAGGAGUAUAUGAGCAAACCUGCAUUUUAACCCGUGGGGGAAAAAGGACUUAAAGUAACAGCGGGGAGGAAUACAGGAACCAGAUGUACUGUAUAUGAGUCAAAGAAGUUUCUGAAUAUAAAAAUAGGAUUUACUUUGAUUCUAUUUUUCAUUUUCAAAAGAAGAAAUGGGAAUAUUGAAUGCCUGCUUGCCUUCUGCCUGAAGUGUUGCUGCAAUGUAACUUUUUUUGAGAGUAAGUCUAAUAUUUGUUCAUAGUCAUGCUCUCAAUUGAAGGGGGGGGGUUUCUUUGAUUACUAUUAUUAAAUCCAAAUGAAGCAGUAAAAUAGGAUAGGGGUUCAUAACUAUUAAGUGAUUUUAGAUUGAUGAAAUUGUUGCAUUUAUAUUUAAACAACCAUGUAUUAAUAUAUUGGAAGGGAAUGGUUUCAUUCUGACGCACAACUACAAAAAUUGUGUGUUUCUCUGCAAAUCCACUAACUGUGUGGGGGGCGCAAAGUUCAGUCUCAAAAACACAAAACGUAUUUUAAAUUGAUGGCCUUAAGAUGCUUUAUAAUUCCAAUAUGAACCGAUAAUGGGCUUUGCUUUCAUACCGUAAAACAAUUCAUUUUGAAUGAGACUGAUUAUGACAGUUUUCUUAUCAUUUUGAAUCUGUGUAACCUAUGUGUGGCACCAUGAGUCAUCUCCACGAAGAAGUUGCUGAUGUGGAUAUUACUGCUUUUUAUAAUGUGCAAUUUAUGAUGUUGGAGCUUAUGAUUAAAAUAUGUAUUUUGAUAAACUGA